GAAAUAUAUUCUUCGAAUUUCGAAGAUAAAAAGCAGCAAGAAAUAGAAGUAUGAUGAACUGGAAGCAGGAAGUUCUAGCAAGUGACCCCAAUACUAAACAAGACGACCCGAAGUACAAGUAGAUCUGCAGCACUUUUUUAUUUCUUGCCCAAUCUUGGAAUACCAUUACGAUUACCCCGAAUCCGAUGUUAAUAAAUACUAUGCGAUAACUUUUAUUUUUCUGCGCGUUUUUCUUUUUCGUUUUCCUCGACAUGUACAUGCUAUAAGUACUAUGCACGCACCGGAGCAAUCACCAGAAGUAUCCCUAUAGCACGCAAGGCAGCAGAUAUUUCGUCGUAAGAUAGAAAAAAAAACGCCAGCUCGAUGGUGGAGCAGCAGAUGAUCCGCACCAAUAUCAUUCCAUUUGCAGGACGACAUCUUCAAGAACUCCGACCGGUUUCAAACGUUCCGCCAACAGCACUCACAUCGCAGCAAGAACACCAAGCGUAGUUCCGAUGUUCCCCACACGACAGCAGGAAAUGGCAGAGAUUCGGGCUACAGCGACAGCGAAAGAUGAAAAAGGAGAUGGACUGCAGGAGCGGAUAGCAGCUUCAGUGGCUGCGGAAGAUGGCGAAGACACUGGUUCUGGUCAGCAGGAGGAGGCCAAUGUCCUCCCCGACGGUGCGAAAGCCACGAGGGGACCACGACCAUCGGAACGUCAAGAUGGUCUUGCUCUCAAGAUCACACCGCCGGGCCAGGUGAGCGUGAGCUUGAGCAGCCGCACCGAAAAUAGGAACCGCCAGGGUGAGGUGCAAAACGCAAAUUUUGAUGUGCCGCAAAUAAACGAAGAGUCAGACAGUGGAGCGUCUGCUUCCCGGGUUGUGACAGCCCCGUCCUCCGCCUCUGUGGACGACGUGGUCGAGGUUGUGCUACAAGAAGAACUACUAGAGAAAAAUGCUACUCCUGAGAAAAAAAUCCUCCGAGCCGAGGGUAGCGCGAAACGCAACUACAAGAGCGCGAGGGAAACUAUCGGUUCCGAGGAGGUCGCGAUGUUCGGCGACGGGCGACCGGCUGGCUCCCUCGGUGCGCCGGGCAUUGCCUCUUUCGGGGCUCCUAUAAAGGAGUCGGAGCGGCAGACCAGCACCAAACGGGACCCCGCCGAGGCUGCGGCGGGGCCCGGCCCGCGCGGGCCCUCCGUCCUUGCCCGCGGGCCGUCGAUCCGGGGAGGCGGUGGUUCUCCUGGGGGCAGUAAUGACGACGGGUGCUUCGGCUGCAGCAUGAAGCAGUGGAUCAUGAUAGUGGUCGGUUUGGUGAUUGCCAUCGCUGGCACAAUCCUGUUUCUCUUGACAGUGACGGGGAAAAAGGAGGAUACAGGCAGCGGGUCAGAAGUACCGACGGAGGCUGGUACAACUGCUGCCGAUGGAGAUGAUGAACUAGUGGGAGCAGGGACGGGCAGCGGUAGCUCCAGCACCGAUGAAAAGGAGAACGAAAAUGCAAAUGAACAGACCUCUUUUUUUCCGCUCAAGUGCGCUAAGACGGGCGAGAACUGCAUGGCGACCCUGUGCUGCGAGCAGGAGAACUUCCAGUGCUUUUCCAAGAACAAAGACUGGGCCUCGUGCCGUGAGGUCGGGACGUGCCAGGCGGGCGAACUUUUUGCCCAGGACGAAAAUGGCGAGGAAAAGAUAUGGCGUUCUCAAAUGUUCCAUUCUCAACUGUUACAUGAUUUGUCAUGCAAAAUUCCAAACAGAAUCGCAAUCGAUACGAUCAAGCUGCUUCGCAUGACCAAUUCCCGAAGGGACAAACAGGAUGAGAAUCUGUGCCAAAUCUGUCAUGCAAAAGGCGCAAUAUUCCCCCUUUCAAUUCUUGCAUCACAAAUUCAUGUAACAGUUGAGAAUGUAACAGUUGAGAACGCCAGAAAAGACGCCCUGGCAGUGCCUGAACAUCGACCAGCGGGAGCCCUGCGCGGCGCGGGAAACGAACUGCAUGAGCGCGGGCUGCUGCGCCGACCACCACCCCCCGGAGCAGAACGCGACCUGCUACCAAAGAGACGACGCGUACGCCACUUGCUUUGUCGCGGGCAGCUGCAUAGGUGGCAGAGUCAUGAACGGGGACCCGGAAAAGCGGAUUUGGUCCUGUAUGACCCGCUCAGACGUUACAAUCUCAAACGUUACAACAGAAUAUGGGAAUCUGUGAUGCAAGACGAGUGCAUGAUCUAGCCAACUCUCAUACGAUUGCGCAUGACAAGUUCUGGAGCCCCAAACCCACCUGAAAUCCGGCAAAAUUUGUAUUUCGAAAAGCUCAAUUCCCUCUGCGUUCCUCAUGCUCUUCAUGCAACACAAAUUCCAGAUUCUAUAUCUAUUGUAACGUUUGAGAUUGUAACGUUUGAGCAGGCCAUAUCCUGCAACGAGAUUGAGAACCCGUUCUGGGAGCAAAAAUUCCAGUACCAAAAGGAGCUGCGGAUCGCCGAGGCUUUAAAGAACUUGCAAUCCUCUGCACAGGUGAUGCAAAGUGCGCCCAUCCUGUCAUCCUCUUCCUAUGGUGGAGGAGGCGGUGGUGGGUCUGGCCUACCCCCGCCCGCUGUACCUCUUCUUGACGAGGAGACUCUGGCGCAACGGCAGGAGCGGGUGUUGGCGGCGCGGGAGGUUUUGUACGGGCCGGGGAGCUACGAAGUGCAAAAGUAUCGUACUCGUACUACUUGCUUUCAUGCAUGACAAAUCUUGUUUCUUAGCCAAAUCAGCAUUACAAACUCCAUUUUUCCUUCUGAAAAAAUUUGUAUUGCGAUUUAUACUAGUACGAUGCUUUUGCAAUGCAUAGGAGCAUGGGGGCGGCUGCGCUGGCGGUCCGGAACAGCGAGGAACUACAUGGCGUCGAGCAGGAGGAAAAUAAAUCUACUUCACAACGACCAGCAUUUGUAUCCACCUACGGCCUGGCAGAACUCGCGAAGAUGCCGCUAGACGACUCCGCGGACCGCGUGGUGUACAAUUUACAGCUGGGAGCCGCGUUCGACCUGCAGGCACUGUACGAUUUGAUGCGGGUGUAUGCAAUACAAAUUUCCCGUACAUGGACAACAUGCAUCAGAAAUUUUCUCGACAACUUAGUCGAGCAUUCGCAUUCCACUUGUCAUGCUGAGGAGGAUUGAAGGAAAGUUUUGUCAUGCAGAAUCCGCAUUUGAUGUGCGUCGACGUGUGCUGGGGGAAAUUUGGGUUUGGAUAGCGUGAACGCGUUUCUCGCGAUCGGCCCGGACCCGGACCGGCAAAUUCCGCAGCUCCUCGCGGACGUGGACACAUCCGGUUUCGCGUUGGAGCCGCUGAUCGGUUCUUGGCCCGUGCUGAAACAGCUGGCAGACACCAGUAGCGCAAGUGCGCAGCAGGGGUUGCCUUCCCAGGUUCCCAGCACCGCCACGGUCGGCGAGACCACCGCGCAGGGGCGCGCGGUGGAACACCCCGCCUACCAUGCGGCCAAUGCGGACCCCACCGUGAGCACGGGGGACCAGGUGGUACAACCCGUGCAGGGAACAACAGCCGCAGCUACAUCGUUUCUCGAAGAAGAAGAGAACAGGAAGAAGACACAAGUCGAAGUAGAGCAGGAAGACAAGAAGAAAGCGGCAGUGGCACAGGAGGAACUACAAGCUGGAACUGCAUCCACUUCCCAGAUCGUGGCAAGAACCACGACCGCGAAGAUGAGGACUAGUACGGAGGUGCUAGACCACACAAGAAAAUCAAAAUCAACAUCUUCCGACGAAGAUGCUGCAAGCUAUGCCUCCGGCACUUUGGACCAGCUGGACUUUGGGUUCUACGUGCAGACCGUCCGCGUCGCGAAGAACGACCAGAACGACCCAGAUUCCAGCGGCCUGGAGUCGGUAGACGACGACGAGGUGGAAACCAAACACAUUUUGUGGAUCGUCUUCGGAACCGCGCCCGCGACGCCCGAUUCUACCACUCGAAAGGUCACGCUCCGGAACUUUCGCUCCUAUUUCAACCCGCCGACGUUUGCCGACCAGAACUUCGAUGUUAAAGACGCAAUUGUGCUCGAUGAAAAUAAUCACGGCACUGAUGCUCCUGCUCGUCGCUCACAGGGACAUCAACCCAUUUUCGGCAUCGCGCGGCACUUUGCGAGCAUCGCGACCGAGGUGGGGUUGGCCGUCCAGGGUUUGGAGGUCGAGGGGCAGCUGCAGCUGGGCGCCUUGCCCGCGGCGGCCGUGCCGCUGGAAAAGGAAAAUGCGAGAGCCAGCGGGGAACAAAUUUUAAAGGGUCAAGACGAUUUUCAGCCCACAGUACAGUGGGCCGUGCAGCACUACCUGGAAAGCCACGACCUGGAUGCCUUCGACGAGGUGAUUGUGACGGGCUACGGGGUGGGCGGCAGUCUCGCGGGUCUGGUGGCCUACGUCGCGGAGCUGCAGCUCCGUGUGGAGGCCGGGCCGGGCAUGAUGAAUCCGCCCGAAGGUGGGUCCUCAACUACUCCCGCUGGGCGGGCGGUUCAGGUCGAGAAAUUACGAGAAGACAUGCUGGCGAGUCAGCUGGCGAGAGAUCGCGCUCUGAACAACCACAUGGACGACAUGACACGCGGAUUUUUCUCCGAGUUUUGGAAGGGCUUCGAACAAGUGUUCGCGAAAACCGGCUUGAGGAAUUUCAAGGUGUUCGCGUUCUCGCCCGCACCCUUCUUGAUGCGCGUCGACGGCGGGGACGAGGGAGAAAUAGUAACAGGUGAAAACAACAACAACCCGUCAGCCGCGAAUGCCGACGCUAACGCCGCUUUACAGGCUCCUGGAGAUAGUCGUGGUGGCGCCGUGUCGUGGGGCUGGCAGAGGGACGCAAAGCUAGGCGUCUGGAAGUACGUUGCGAGAAGUGACGACUCAGACAAGGCAACGGGCAACGACAAAAAUGCUAUGACCCCCCCACGACUUCAGCCUCUUGCUACGCCUCCUUUGACUGCAGGAGGAGGGACAAAAGUUUCCUUCUCGUCCUCGACCACAGCAUCUACAGCCGACCCUACGACGCUGACGCCGGAAGCCCGGGCGGCGCAACAGAGGCUGGCUGCGCUGGACGCGGAGGUAGAAUCGGCAGAGCAAACGUACAAAAACGCGCUGAAUCGGAUCCGGCCCUUUUACCACGUGAUUCUCUUCGCCGACGAUCAAAUGCCGUUCGCGACCUGCGUCUCGCGGCUGCUGCACCCCACUCCCCACGCCGCGGUUUGGUUGGCCAACACGGCGUACGAUCCGCCCGAAUUCGGCCUGCCCUACGAGAAGCUGGAUGGUACCGUGAAGACCAACGACCAACCCAUCUACCGGCUGGGCGGGCUGCGCACGCAGUCGCUGCUGCGGGACUACUGCGAAGAAGUAGCGCAGAUGGGCUCCGCGGGUGGGGGCUUCCAGGGCACAGGCGCCGCGCAGGUCUACGAACGACUCAGCGCCGGUUUGUUGCAGCUGGACAACGUCCGGGCGGUGUUGGGGGACACGAAGGAGCAGAAAACGGCAACCGCAGAGCGCAGCGUCAACGACCUCGAUAUCGAGUUCGACCGGUGGGACAUGCACUACUGCAAGCCGAAGGAAAAGGAUGUAGCCGCCUGGCUCAAAACCCUGGAGCCCUGGGCAGUAGUGAAUAACGAUAAGAGUAGCGGAAAACUAAAUAACAAGGAAAUAAACCACCACCUCGGAUCCCUCGGGUGGGACAGCAAGACAAGGCAGUAUCCUUCCAAAGUGUACGGCUCGCCGUUCUACGAAGCCGCGACCAGCACGACAUCCCAAAAGCUGAUCGCGCACUACGAGGCCCUUACGCACGACAGCUGGGCGGUUACCGGGGAAGCAGAGACCCACGCGGUGCUGUUGGCCGCGGCGGAGCACGGGUUUCUCGUCGACCUGGGGCUGUUAGACCGUCCGGGAGAGGAGGAGUUCUGCAAGCAGCUGUGCUUCGGCCAGCGGAAGUGUCAAGGGUACACCUUCGCCUACAAAACCUUCUGCGCCUUGCACAUGGAAAGGAAGGCAAGUGACGAUAGAAGUGCAUCAAGUAGAAGUACAACAACUGUUGACCACAUUGAUAGUUCGAGUUUCGUGGCGAAUAAAGUCGAAAAUAAAAAGCUGGAGAACGGGAACUUCGUCUGCGCCUUGCGGUUGCAUCACCACGAGAAACCCAGCGGAACUUCUUCCGCGGCAGCUGCGGCGAGUUCUUUCUUGCAGCCGGUCUUGAACAAAGACAGACGGAACUACAAGAACCAACACAUUGAGGAUCAUGAUACCAGUGGUCGUGGUGCGUCGACGAUGUCUUCGGGUGAUUCCACCUCGGGCAGAUUGUCAGAAGCUGACUCGUCCGACAAUUUAGGCCAUGGUGGUGCGCCGCCGGUUGAAGUAGAUGAGCCUGUAGUUACUACUUCAACUUCUUCCUCGCAGCUCGAGAUGUCGGAGCACCAAGGGACGAGGACCCGGAAAGUUGUUGACACCGCAAGUUCGUCCUCAUCUUCUCACGCCGCCACGCUGGUACAGCCUUCGAAUUCACUCGCGGAUAUCAACGAUAAGAAACCCUCUGAUGGCAGCUUCGGGAACACGGGCGAGCUGGCAGACGGCGAAGUAGUAGAUAGAGAUACGAGCAAAAAUAGCACAGAAGUUUCAACAUCUACACAGGAGGACGAGCAGCCUUCGGAGAAGCAUUCCCUGCAGGUGAGGGACCACCAACAUGCGGUAGUGAAGACGAGCCAGCUCGCCUCCCAGCUGGAGAAGGUCGAAAAGAACAAGGAGAAAGAACUGCAAAAGAACAAAAAGGUCGAGAAAACCACAGUAGAAGAAGCCAAGGAGGGAAAAAAUAAAAACCUACACCAGCAGCAGCAUCUGCACAAAAUGGUAGAAAAUGAAGAACACCUUGUUCAGAAGGUAGAGGUAAAGAAGAAUAAACAAGAAAAUAAACUAGGAGAACAGCAACAGCACCUACAACAGCAGGAACACCUCGCGACUGAGCAUGAAUCCACUAUGGAACAACAAACCACAAAGCUCGGCGACCCAGGAUACACGCCGCCUCCCCGCCCGAACCGCGACGAUGAAACGGGCUUGUGGGUCCGAACCGUGCCGGGCCAGGGCGAGACUUGGUACAACCAAAAGUGCGGGAUCGCGAGAGAGGUGGAGAUUGUGGCGAUCGAAUCGACCCCAACGAACGCCACAAACUUAUUCACCGGGGAUGAAAAAAUCACGUCCAAUUCCUGCCGCAGCAAGUGCCAGGAAACCCACGGCUGCAUGGGGUGGCACUUUGUGAAACAGGGCGCGCAGGUGCACAAGUGGCUCGGCGCCGCGACCGCCGCGGCCUACAACGACCAGGAGCGCGUCGCCGAAACCAUGACCACUUCGGACGCGGACAAGUGCUACUUCUUUGACCAAGAGCCGAGCCGGUACUUCGUGUGGCGGCGCUCCAUGGAGGGCCACGACUCCGGGUUUUGCACGCGAGGGCGGUACACCGGGGACAUCGACGCGGACCUGAACUCCGCGUUUGAACCCAGCGAAAUGCCGAAGCGGUGCGCCAGUGUGUACAUGAAGCUGACCGAAAAGGAGGGCGCGGACAAGCAGAUGCGGCAUGUGACGAACGACGACGGCACGCAGUACUCACUCGAGGAGUGCCAGGCGGCCUGCGAGGCCGACGACAGCUGCCCCUUCUACGACUGGGGCCCCCGGGCCGACGAGGGCUGCAAACUGGGCGAAGUGGGGAUGCAGGUGAACGCGGACACGCACUACCCGGAGGGCCACAUCGCGGGGCAGUGCGGCAUCUGGAAGACCUGCUCCGGCGCGGCGGGGGAGCUGCAGGGCCACUACUUCUGGAAGUUCGCGCCCAUGGCCGGGCUGUGGGGCUGCCAGAUGCAGUGCGAGCGGGACGUGAACUGCCACGCGUUCGUGUACAAUUUCGGCAACGAGCACAACGGAAUGGAGCACAAGGAGUGCAGAAAAUACCGGGGCCCGGCCAUCGAGAUGGACAACCUGGACCCCAAAACCACCCCCCGGGCCCAGGGCCGGAUAUCUGGGAACUGCGGGUUUCGCGACGCGCCCACCGGGGCCCAGAAGCACUACGAGUACCAGCACGCCUAUGGGAGUGUCAGGAUCGAAAUCGACAAAAUCGAAGUGAUCUGUAAUGCAUAAAAUGCUACGCAGAAAGCGACUCUAUUGCAGAGGAUGCAAGGAAGGCGGACUGUAGUCCUGGUAAGGGUUAAGUGUUGGGCUGCUGACUAGCAUGACAGAAGGCAGCUCUUUUGCCCUAAACCGCAUGACAGAUUCGCUUCCAGGACGGGGAGAAUUUGUCAUGCGCCGCCUAAAAACUGUGGGCCUAACUGGCAUCGAUUUUGUGCAUCACAAGUUUUUUGAUUUUGUCAAUUUCGAUUCUGACACUUCCAUAACGCCAUCCUGGCUACGGACAAGGAAUCCAUCGAAGCGGGCAAGGAGAGCACGACCUCGACCACGUUAUGACAGCGCACAACUCCCCCUCCGCCUCAUUUGUCAUGCAAAAUUCCUAAUCCACCCUUUGCCUCUUAGCACUGGUGGCAUGACAGAUUCCGGAAUCCAAAACAGCACUACAAUCCUCGGGGAAUUUGGCAUGUAAAAGCUGCAUCUUUGCCAGCGCUUGUGUUGCUGUUCAUGCAACACAAAUGAGGGGGAGGGGGAGUUGUGCAUUUCUAUACACGUCGACGAAGCCCUACGAGCAGCACCUGCUGGAAGAAAAUCAGGUGCAGAUCGCGGGCGCGGACGGCCAGACGCUCACUGUCAACAAGGCCACGCUGCAACACGUGCAAGACGCGCUGGCCGAGUUCCGCGCGGACGUGGACGCGCACAACUUCUCCGGCCAGCACCUCGUGGAGGUUGUCAAGGGGCUGGAGUCGGCGCUGCAAGAGUUUGAAAUCGAGUUGCAGAACGCGGACUUGAAUCCUCCGGUGACGCCGAAGCUGACGCAGACCUUGACCCAGCUGGUGACUCUGACAACCUCGCUGAAAAACCAGCUGGACAUCAUCCGGGCCGAGGCGAGUUCGACCGGGCAGGACGCCUCGGGGGCCAACUCGUACGAGCUGCUGGUCGCCAGCAAAUCGGGAGAGGAUUUCAACCAGCUGCUGGCGUUGCUGAAUAGCGGAAUCGACGAUUUCCGGGAUGAGUUGAAGAACAACUCGCAGCUCACCACAGACCAGAAGUUCCGGACGGUUUUGCUCCACGUGCAGAUCAUGCUGGACAAACUGGUGCACGAGCUGCAAGAGAACAUCCACCUAGCUUCGGACCAGCUGGGUGGCGGGACGCAGGAGAGCACGGCGACGGCGGGAACCUCCACCACGGACAGUGGUGGGAGUAACACGUUUACCGUCAUUCUCGUGGUGGUAAUCGUGCUCUUGAUCGUCGGGCUCUGCGUGUUUCUCUACUUCGCCCAAAGCGAAUCCGGGGGGUUGUUUGGCAACACGGUGGACUAUGUGGACGAAGACGCGGCGUACUACGGAUACAGCUCCAACAACCAAUCCGCUCGCAGUUCUGUUCGCCGGGGGCCCAGUCAGCGAAAGGGCGGGGGCUACUCGCAGUAUGGCGGUGGGGGCGGG